AUGGCACAAACCUUACGGAACGAAGCUCGCCGGCAUCUUGUACCGGCCGCGGAGACUUCGCAAGACAAUCUAGCAACUCUGCAACCUGAUGAACUGGUCCAAGACGACGUCGAUCUCGACCUGCUAUUCGAACAAGUUCCGUUGAAGUUUCCCCUUCAAGAGGGCGACCAUUUGACGGCAGACGAGAUCAAGCGAUACAGAGACUUGAAGCACCGCUUCUUGGAUGACCAAAGCGUUCUUACACUUGCAGAUGCACGAACAACGUCCCUCAACGAGUUCCACUUCAGCGAUAAUCGCUACAUCAUUCGGUUGUAUCCCGUACGGGUGGAUCAAGAUCGGCCUGCGCAUCACGAUCCGGUCAGCUUCGACAACUUGGCGGUAUUGUGCGACGAGGUCAGAGCAUCGUCAUGGCACUCUAUGUUUCGAGACUGGGACGCCGUCUUGACUUUCAUGCCCUUGGUGCAAGAGAGACUCCUGUGUUGCACUGGGGAACCAGAGCAAAGGCUUGACGCUUGUUGGGAUCGUCGGCCACGUGGAACGUUCCUGGACUUCGGAUGGACCCGAGAAAACAAAGAUAUGCCAAAAGCCUGGUCAUUUUUUGCCUACUGCAAGCCGGAAGAGUUGUUGACCUGUCUUGUUGAGAUCAUGGACACGACUGCAGAACUCGAAUACCAGCUGGCCGGUAAAUGGGUUUACCCAAGGUUCCAGCCAUGGAAGCUUAUCACGGUAGGCCAGGUUCUCCAUGGCCUUUACCGGAAACGCAUUCUGGUUGAGCCCCAGUCUCCAGACAAGAUCAAGUAUAUUGAACAUGUUCUGCAUGUCCUCGCAUCUACUGAGCUUCUCAACACCUUCUUCAAAAGCGAGAUAAUGGAUGUUCAAAAGCUUCAAUCUAGGCUCACCCAGAAGAGAUGGUUGGAGAAUUCUUUGUCGGAGAUAAAACUCGAUGACAUGGACGACGUCGAUGAAGUCCGAUUUCUGCUAUCAAUGCCUCUAUCUGAGCUAGCAGCGCUAGCUUUACGCCCAGAGGACAAGGCAUACUACGACCUUCCGCUGCCUUGGUGGCUUGCUCCUCUGCAAAGCGUCCAGCAACAGCGAAUACCAACCAAGACUCCAGUCAAAGGCUUGUUUGCAAGGCUAGGCGAAGUUCUUAACGCCAUGGCUAUGUUGUUUCAUCUCAGAAAGCCGCGACCACAGAGGCCGCACGGAACCAUCCGCUCGCUUCUCAAAGACAGCACUGGCAGAAAAUGCAAGCUACCUAUCGACUGUCUUGUACAGUUUAGGCCUUUUGAUAACGAACGUACAGAGAUUGCGGAGGGUGGACGACCAAGUGAGUUGUACGCUGACGACUCGGACGACGAAGAAAGCCUUGGCGUUACAGACCAGAUGUCGUACCAGUUAUAUCCGGAACUUGCUCCUCGUAUCAAGAUCUUGAUUGAGCAUCUAGAGAAGCAGAAGCCGAAAGGGUUCGUCGCCCUGUGGAAGGACCAGAGAGACUCCAGUACCUGGUAUACGUUCUGGGCGGCGGUGAUCUUUGGGGUCACGGCGUUGGUCCUAGCCGCAGGAAGUUUAGCAGUGUCAGCUGCGCAGACUUGGGCGACAUUCAGGGCGCUGGACAUGCAGGGUCAAAGAUGA